CCGGGAUCCGUUGCGCCUCCCCGGCGGCGGCGGCGCUGUCCCGUCCCGCUCCGCUCCGCCCCGCCCCGCCCUCCCCGCGGCCCUGAGAGCCCCCGAGCGAGAGCCGAGGCCGCUCCGCCCUCCCCGCCAUGCCCCCCAAGAAGCAGCAGCAGCCGGCGGGGGGCAGCAAGAAGGCGGACCAGAAGAAGAAGGAGAAGAUCAUCGAGGACAAAACAUUUGGCCUGAAGAAUAAAAAAGGUGCGAAACAACAGAAAUUUAUCAAGGCUGUGACUCACCAGGUAAAAUUUGGUCAGCAAAAUCCACGUCAGGCUGCUCAAACAGAAAGUGAGAAGAAAUUAAAAAAAGAAGAUAAGAAAAAAGAAUUACAAGAACUAAAUGAACUCUUCAAGCCUGUGGUUGCUGCACAGAAAAUUAGCAAAGGUGCUGACCCCAAAUCUGUAGUUUGUGCUUUCUUCAAGCAAGGACAAUGCACUAAAGGAGACAAGUGCAAGUUUUCUCAUGAUUUGUCUUUGGAAAGGAAGUGUGAAAAACGAAGUGUCUACAUUGAUGCAAGAGAUGAAGACCUUGAAAAAGAUACAAUGGAUAACUGGGAUGAGAAGAAGCUGGAAGAAGUGGUGAACAAGAAGCAUGGUGAGGCGGAAAAGAAAAAACCCAAAACUCAAAUAGUCUGCAAAUACUUCCUUGAUGCUAUUGAAAACAACAAAUAUGGAUGGUUUUGGGUCUGUCCAGGCGGAGGAGACAACUGCAUGUAUCGCCAUGCUCUCCCUCCAGGUUUUGUAUUAAAAAAAGACAAAAAGAAGGAGGAAAAGCAAGAUGAAAUUUCUUUAGAAGAUCUAAUAGAAAAAGAGCGUGCUGCCUUAGGACCAAAUGUUACCAAAAUUACUCUAGAGUGUUUUAUUGCAUGGAAGAGAAGAAAAAGACAAGAAAAAAUUGAUAAGGCUGAGCAAGAUAUGGAGAGGAGGAAAGCAGAUUUUAAAGCUGGCAAAGCAUUAGUGAUUAGUGGACGUGAAGUAUUCGAGUUCCGACCAGAGUUGGUUGAUGCAGAUGAUGAAGAAGCAGAUGACACUCAUUAUAUUCAAGGAACAGGAGAUGAUGAUGAGAUGGAAGACCCCGUGUGCAUAAAUGAUGUCGAUUUGAACCUCUAUGUCCCAAAGGCUGUAGAUGAGACUGGUAUUACUGUGGCUAGUCCUGAGCGAUUCAGCACAUACAGUUCAAUAGAAAAAGAUGAUAAUAAAUUAAAUGAAGCUUCUGGUGGUGAUAUAAACAGCAGUGAGCAAAAUGAUUUAGAGGAAGAUAAUGAUGGCGAUGGGGAGUUGGAAAAUGGCAUAAUUGAUGCAGUUCCAGUUGAUGAAAAUCUUUUUACUGGAGAGGACUUGGAUGAACUAGAAGAAGAACUAAACACUCUUGAUUUAGAAGAAUGAAUUAAAACAUCAAGUGAGGAGUUAAAUCUAUGUGACAAAGUGAAAACUGACUAUGUUUUUUUUCUCCUUUUUGAAUAGAAUUCUUUAACAGGAUGUUUAUGGUUACCCAGCUGAUUCUGAUGGGCACAUCAUAUACCAGGAAUAUUUUCCUUCAAUCUCAUCUACUCCAAUCUUGACUAUGCUCACAGUAAAAUAUUCAGAGUAGUUCAGAAUUACCUGACAGCUGAAUUUGCAGAAAAUGAGAUUAUAACUUUCAACUAAAAGUAGGAAGUGUAACUGCUUUGCCAGUAUGCAAGUAUAAGUGGGCAAUUGGAUACCAGGUGCAGUAGAUAAAUCAAAGAAAGUAUACAUUCUUCACCAGAACUGCAUUUUUAUUAGUGAUUGUGUUUAGAAACUGCCUGAAGUGUUUUUAGGCAGUAUACUCUAAUGGAGCUGAUGCAGAUUAUGCUUCUUUAAGUGGUGAUUAGCUUUAUUUGAUCAGCUGGAUACUGAAGAUUGUGAACUGAUACAUCAUACAAUACAAUACGGUGCCCUCUGUUUAAAAUGUUUUAAACUCCCACCGCCUUUUGCCAACAAAACUGUAAAUAAAAACUAUCAACUUUAAAA